AUCUUAGGCAACUCAUUCCUUAUUGUUAACCAUUUCUGUUUCCUGAUUCUAAUGGCUUCUUCUUCUUCUUCUUCUUCCAAGCGCAGAAGGAGCUAUGAUGUCUUUCUGAGUUUUAGAGGCACGGACGUCCGCAACUAUUUCCUCGGUCAUCUCUACACAGCUCUUGUUCAAAGUGGAAUAAACACUUACAUGGACAGUGAAGAUCUAAACAAGGGAGAACAAAUAUCACCCGCACUCAUGGAGGCAAUCGAGGAAUCGCAAAUUGCAAUCGUUGUUUUCUCCAAGGACUAUGCCUCAUCACCGUGGUGUUUGGAGGAGGUGGCGAAAAUCAUGGAGUGCAAGGAGCAAAGAGGCCUCAUGGUCUUUCCGGUGUUUUACAAAGUGGAACCUAGAGAAGUGAGAGGGCAGAGACAGGGUUAUGCUUAUGCAGAAGCUAUGGUCAAACAUGAGGUCAAGUUUGGGAAGGAUUCAGAUAAAGUAAAGCGAUGGAAGAAAGCUCUUCUUGAUGCUGGGAGCUUGUCUGGAUGGCAUUUUAUCGACGGGUACGUGAAAUCACUUCUACUGCUUCAAAUAGUGUAAUUCUUUUGAUAUUUGAUCUUCUUUAAGGUUUGGGAUCCUCUAAAGUUCGGCGUAAUCUAUCCCGACUCUCUCUCUAAUUUGCCU